GGGAUUAAAAACCCAGCGGUUCAUGUACGCGAUUCGAUUCUCAACGUUGAGCUGAAAGAGCCGAUUCAAAGAGCCGAUUCAAAGAUCCUAUUCGUUCAUGAACGACCCCACGUCAGUUGUCACUAACCGGACACGAUUUUGGACUGUGUUGACACAUCAGUGACAGGUUUGAAUCCAGUCGUGUCGACCAUCAGCCAUGGCUUUCAGUAAAGGAUAUCGUGUUUAUCACAAACUGGACCCGCCACCUUACAGUGUGAUUGUAGAGACAAGAAACCGUGAGGAAUGCUUGAUGUUUGAGUCUGGAGCUGUGGCUGUUCUGUCGGCUGCAGAAAAAGAUGCCGUCAAGAACACGUACACCAAGAUGCUGGAUGCUUACGGCAUUCUUGGGGUUCUUCGUCUUAACCUUGGAGACUCCAUGCUGCACAGUUUGGUGUUAGUAACCGGGUGCAGCUCGGUAGGGAAAGUGCAGGAAUCAGAAGUGUUCAGGGUCACAGCCACAGACUUCAUCUCUCUGAAGAACGAUCCGUCAGAUGAGGACAGGAUUGCAGAUGUGCGAAAAGUUCUAAACUCUGGCAGCUUCUAUUUUGCCUGGUCGUCCACCGGAGUGAGUAUGGACCUGAGUCUGAAUGCACACCGCAGGAUCCGAGAAGACACUUCAGAUAACCGUUUCUUCUGGAAUCAAUCCCUGCAUCUGCACCUAAAGCAUUAUGGUGUAAACUGUGAUGACUGGCUGUUGAGGCUGAUGUGUGGUGGAGUGGAGAUCCGCACCAUCUACGCUGGCCACAAGCAGGCCAAAGCCUGUGUCAUUUCUCGCCUCAGCUCUGAGAGGGCAGGCACACGCUUCAACGUGCGCGGCACCAAUGAUGACGGCCAGGUGGCCAACUUUGUGGAGACCGAGCAGGUUAUUUUCCUUGAUGACAAAGUCUCUUCUUUCAUUCAAGUCCGUGGAUCUAUACCGUUGUUCUGGGAGCAGCCAGGUAUACAGGGAAUUUUGUCACAUCUGAAUCAAAGCCGCCAUUCGGGCACAAUCAGGAAGGACACAAAACACAGACUGGUUGGUUCCCACCGUGUCAAGCUGUCCCGCGGUUUUGAGGCCAAUGCACCGGCUUUUGAGAGGCAUUUUACAGCUCUGAGGAGGCUCUAUGGUAAACAGUUGAUCAUUAACCUGCUGGGUAUGAAAGAGGGGGAGCACAUGCUCAGCAAAGCAUUCCAGAGUCACCUGAAAGCCUCAGAGCAUGCAAAUUCUGUGAAAAUGGUCAACUUUGACUACCACCAAAUGGUUAAGGGAGGGAAGACGGAGAAACUCUUGACUGUACUGAAACCACAGAUCAGCAGGUUCCUGGACGACUGUGGCUUCUUCUGUUACUCUGCUGAGAUUGGAAUUGAAACAUGUCAGUCUGGGACUCUACGAGUCAACUGUCUGGACUGCCUGGACAGGACAAAUAGUGUCCAAGCCUUCUUUGCACUUGAGAUGUUGCCUAAGCAGCUGGAUGCCCUGGGUCUUAAAGAGAAGCCCCAAUUGGUGGCUCGCUUUCAGGAGGUCUUCCGCACCAUGUGGUCACUCAAUGGAGACUCGGUCAGCAAGAUCUAUGCUGGCACAGGUGCUCUAGAUGGCAAGGCUAAGGCUGGAAAGCUGAAAGACGGCGCACGCUCAGUCACCAGGACCAUCCAGAACAACUUCUUUGACAGUUCAAAGCAAGAAGCUAUUGAUAUUCUGAGGCUGGGUAGCACUCUAAACAGUGACCUUGCUGAUAAAGCUAGAGCUCUCCUCACCACCAGCAGUCUGUAUGCAUCUCCCAGAGUUUUGCUGGGCAUGUGUCAGAACCACCACAAAUACACUCGGCCUAAAAAGAUCCGUGUCUGUGUGGGGACAUGGAACGUCAAUGGGGGCAAGCAGUUCCGUAGCAUUGCGUUUCGGAAUCAGACCCUCAACGACUGGUUGAUAGAUGCACCAAAAAAAGCAGGCCACCCCGAAUUUCAAGACAGCAGACCCCAGCCUGCAGACAUCUUUGCCAUUGGCUUUGAGGAAAUGGUGGAGCUGAAUGCUGGCAACAUUGUCAGUGCAAGCACCACCAAUCAGAAGCUGUGGGCAGCAGAGCUGCAGAAGAGCAUCUCGCGGGAUAAUAAGUAUGUGCUGCUGGCCUCAGAGCAGCUGGUGGGAGUCUGCCUCUUCAUCUUCAUUCGGCCCCAGCAUGCUGCGUUCAUCAGAGAUGUUGCUGUAGACACAGUCAAAACCGGAAUGGGUGGCGCCACAGGGAAUAAAGGGGGUGUGGCUAUCCGCAUGCUCUUCCACACCACCAGUAUCUGCUUUGUGUGCUCACAUUUCGCUGCCGGCCAGUCACAGGUCAAGGAGCGAAACGAUGACUACAAUGAGAUCACUCGCAAGCUGUCAUUCCCAAUGGGCCGUCUACUCUACUCCCAUGAUUAUGUGUUCUGGUGUGGGGACUUCAACUAUCGCAUCAACCUGCCAAAUGAGGAGGUAAAAGAGCUGAUCAGGCAGCAGAACUGGGAUGCUCUGAUCGCUGGGGACCAGCUUGUGGAGCAGAGGAAUGCAGGCCAGGUAUUCAGGGGCUUUAUUGAAGGAAAGUUGGACUUUGCCCCGACCUACAAAUAUGACCUUUUUUCUGAUGACUAUGACACAAGUGAGAAAUGUCGCACACCUGCAUGGACCGACCGUGUGCUCUGGAAGAGAAGAAAGUGGGACUUUCAGAAAACUGCUGAGGAGUUGGAGCUGAAUGUAGUAGGAGCACUACUAGAUGAGGAAGAUCAGCAUCUGUGGAACCCUGGUGAGCUCAAGUACUACAGCAGAGCUGAGCUCAAGACCUCAGAUCACAGGCCAGUGGUGGCCAUCAUCGAUGUGGAUAUUCUUGAGGUGGAUCCAGAAGCGCGGCAUCAGGUGUACAAAGACGUGAUUGCCCUGCAAGGUCCACCUGAUGGCACAGUCCUCGUCUCUCUGUGCAGUUCAGGGCCGAAUGACUACUUCGAUGAUGCUCUGAUAGAUGAACUGCUGGAUAAGUUUGCUAACUUUGGCGAUGUUAUUCUGAUCAGGUUUGUGGAGGAAAAGAUGUGGGUGACGUUUUUGGAAGGGUACUCUGCACUGGCUGCCCUUUCACUGAGUGCCUCCACUGUGAUGGGGAAAACCAUAGACAUUCGUUUAAAGAGCCCUGGCUGGAUCAAGAGUCUGGAAGAAGAGAUGAGUGUGGAGAGGAUCUGUGGCAGCAUCCCCACCUCCGCCAGCUCCACGCUGCUCGCCGAGGACAACGACAUGGGAGACGAGUUUGACAUGGAGGGCGAUGUGGAUGAGGAGGUGGAGAAUAUUCUUCCCCAGCACCUGCAACCUGGGGCUGGUAUGGAUGUGGGUAUUUCCCCAGCACCCUCUCCCCGCUCCAGCCCGUGCCCCUCACCAACACAUGGAGAGCCUGCACCCCCCUGCAGGCCAAGCAGAGCUCCACCACGUACAGCCGGACCCCCACAAGUUAUUCCUUUAGAAAAUCAGCUGGUAGGAGCUUCUGUAUCACAAGGGCUGGAACCAAAACGCCCCCCUCCCCCACGACCCAACGCUCCCCCUGCCAGACCUGCACCUCCGCAGCGCCCCCCACCUCCAUCAGGACGAGGCCAGUCUACUGGAGCAGCAAGCAGUUCAAGGCCGAACAUCCCUCCUCGGGCGGGUGUUAUCAGUGUGCCACCACAAUCAAGACCACCACCACCUCCUGCCCACCCCGGAGCUCCCAGACCCAUAGCAGAGGUUCACCCAGGAGCCCCGCGAUCCACCACAGAUAACCACCCUGGAGCCCCGAGACCCGUUCCAGACGCACAAAACAAACCAGCAGAACUCCCUCUGGCACCUCCUCCCUCACUGCCCGGCCCCAUGAGGCCUCAGAUGGUCUCUCCAAUGCAGCCUCAGGCCACCUCCCCCAUUCGUCCACCAAUACAAGCCCAGCUGCCUCAACCCAUGGUACCCACAUUGCCCCCACCCAUGGUACCUACGCUUCCUCCUCCUAUGGUGCCAACAAUGUCGGCCCCUCUGCAGCCGCAGCCAGCUUCUACAAGCACCGGAGCAGCCAUGCCACCUCAGCCUGGCCUGGCAUCACCCAAACCACCACCCCGUAGCCGCUCCUCACACGCCCUGCCACCAGAGGCUUCUCCUGCUCCUGCAUCUCAGCUGUGUGUAUGAAGCAGACAGGUAGGUUCCACUGCACUACAGUUUGUUGAGGCUGUACUAUAGAGGAGGUGAUUAUCAGUAUCAAUGAACAUUAAUCUUCUUAAUGAAGCACAGACACAAUAACCCGAAUGCAGGGAUGCUUAUAUGCACAUUUUGUAGCUUCUUGUCGAUUUUACAGUUAUUAAAAUAGAUUUUAUCAAAUGUACUAUUCUUUUGUUAAUUAGACGGUAGAGUCCGAUUUCCUUCGAGAAGUUCAGGUGCUGAAGAGAGACAGCUUUCUCAUCAUCACUAGCAGGAGUUUUUGAGUUUCCAUUUCCACUGAUGGGCUGCUAUGAAAAACAUUUCCCCUUUGUGUACACUGCAUUGUACAGAGCUUUUACUAUUGACACUAAAAGAUGAAACUCCAGUCUUUAGGGCUUGUUUUUUUGACUCCUCUCUUGUUGCCAACAUCAUUCCAAGUUAAUACAUUCAUCUUAAGUAUCAGCGUUAUACUGGAUAGGGUUGUAGUGGAUCCAAAGCCUAUUCUGGAAACACACUCCUAGUGGGAAUACACCCUGGAGGGUUCUCCAGUCCAUCGCAGGCCAACAUGCACACAACACACAACACAUUCACACACUCAUUCACAACUUGCAUAGCCAAUCCAGGAGGAAACUGAGAAUCCUGAGGAUACACAGAUACAGGUGUGAAUGUAACCAGUUGGAAAUAUAGAUCACAGAGAAAAGAGAAAAAGGACACCACUUUUUUAAAAAGAGCAGAACACGAUUUGCCCCUGGUUUUCUACAAAGCACAUUUUUAAGCGUGGCAAAUUCACAUUAAACUUAAGACACUAAACGUAAAACUUUUUCUUUUUUUUUAGGCUUGCUGUUAUCGAAGAAAAAGCUUACAGUUCGGUCCAUAUAUAUUUGGACACUGACACAAAUUUUAUUUUUUUACCUGUUUACUGAAACAUAUUCAAGUUAUAGUUAUAUAAUGGACAUGGACAUAAAGUCCAGACUUUCAGCUUUAAUUUGAGGGUCUCCACAUUAAAAUUGGAUGAAGGGUUUAGGAGUUUCAGCUCCUUAACAUGUGCCACCCUGUUUUUAAAGGGACCAAAAGUAAUUGGACAAUUGACUCAAAGGCUAUUACAUGGGCUGGUGUGGGCAAUUCCUUCGUUAUGUCAUUCUCAAUUAAGCAGAUAAAAGGCCUGGAGUUGAUUUGAGGUGUGGUGCUUGCAUUUGGAAGAUUUUGCUGUGAAGAAAACAUGCGGUCAAAGGAGCUCUCCAUGCAGGUGAAACAAGCCAUCCUUAAGCUGUGAAAACAGAAAAAACCCAUCCGAGAAAUUGCUACAAUAUUAGGAGUGGCAAAAUCUACAGUUUGGUACAUCCUGAGAAAGAAAGAAAGCACUGGUGAACUCAUCAAUGCAAAAAGACCUGGACACCCACAGAAGACAACAGUGGUGGAUGAUCGCAGAAUAAUUUUCAUGGUGAAGAGAAACCCCUUCACAACAGCCAACCAAGUGAACAACACUCUCCAGGAGGUAGGCGUAUCAAUAUCCAAAUCUACCAUAAAGAGAAGACUGCAUGAAAGUAAAUACAGAGGGUUCACUGCACGGUGCAAGCCACUCAUAAGCCUCAAGAAUAAAAAGUCUAGAUUGGACUUUGCUAAAAAAAAAAAUCUAAAAAAGCCAGCACAGUUCUGGAAGAACAUUCUUUGGACAGAUGAAACCAAGAUCAACCUCUACCAGAAUGAUGGAAAGAAAAAAGUAUGGCGAAGGCGUGGUACAGCUCAUGAUCCAAAGCAUACCACAUCAUCUGUAAAACACGGCGGAGGCAGUGUGAUGGCUUGGGCAUGCAUGGCUGCCAGUGGCACUGGGUCACUAGUGUUUUAUUGAUGAUGUCACAGGACAGAAGCAGCCGGAUGAAUUCUGAGGUAUUCAGAGACGUACUGUGUGCUCAAAUGCAGCCAAACUGAUUGGUCGGUGUUUCAUAAUACAGAUGGACAGUGACCCAAAACAUAAAGCCAAAGCAACCCAGGAGUUUAUUAAAGCAAAGAAGUGGAAUAUUCUUGAAUGGCCAAGUCAGUCACCUGAUCUCAACCCAAUUGAGCAUGCAUUUCACUUGUUAAAGACUAAACUUCAGACAGAAAGGCCCACAAACAAACAGCAACUGAAAACUGCUGCAGUAAAGGCCUGGCAGAGCAUUAAAAAGGAGGAAACACAGCGUCUGGUGAUGUCCAUGAGUUCAAGACUUCAGGCAGUCAUUGCCAACAAAGGGUUUUCAACCAAGUAUUAGAAAUGAACAUUUUAUUUACAAUUAUUUAAUUUGUCCAAUUACUUUUGAGCCCCUGAAAUGAAGGGAUUGUGUUUAAAAAAUGCUUUAGUUCCUCACAUUUUUAUGCAAUCAUUUUGUUCACCCCACUGAAUUAAAGCUGAAAGUCUGAACUUCAACUGCAUCUGAAUUGUUUUGUUCAAAAUUCAUUGUGGUAAUGUACAGAACCAAAAUUAGAAAAAUGUUGUCUCUGUCCAAAUAUUUAUGGACCUAACUGUAUAUACAGUACUGUGCAAAAGUCUUAGGUACAUGUAAAUAAAUGCUGUAGACCCAAAAUUGCUUAAAAAAAAUGAAAAUAAAUGUUUCGACAUUAAAAAAAUAUAUACUAUAAACAGCAAUAAGCCAUAAUAAAUGAAACAAAGGCAAUAUUUGGUGUAAGACGACCUUUUUGCUUUAAAAAAAAAAAAAGCAGUCUCGGGUACAAUGAGUGCAGUUUGAUAAGGAAAUGAGCUGUAGGUUUUACAGAACCAGCCGCAUUUCUUCUGGACACUUUGACUGUCAGACUUGCUGCUUAAUUUUGCACCAAAACCCAGGAGCCUUUAUUAUGUUUUCUUUUUUUAAUCUGAAAAGUGGUCUCUUAUGUAAUAUGCUGCUCAGAGACAAACUUUUUUUUUUUUCUGUAACAUUUAAUUUUGUGCUAGAAAACGAAUGUUUGGACUCUAAAAUGUUUUUGUACCGACUUGAUAACGUAGAAAUCAUAAAAUAGAAAUCUAUAACAAAGUUUGUGUGGAAAAAAAAAUAGGGUGGCUAAGACUUUUCCACAGUACUGUAUGUCACCAGUGAAACCAGUUGGCCUUUUUUUUCUUAAUUAAAAAGAAAAAGGACUGUAUUAACAGUGUUUGUAAAUGAAUUAUUGAUGUGAUAAAUGCCGGAAAGCAGUUUCGGACCCGUAUGAAGCAAAAGAAGCAGCCAUGACUGUGUUCCAGUGUAUUGCAUUCAAAUGCAGUCAUGUUGCUGGUUAAGUAAACAACAUGUCAACUGUAAAUUCAUGCUGAUCAUACUGCUGUUUGAUUCUCAACAAUAAACUUGUUGCGUCAUGUCUUUUUUUUUUUUUUUCUUCUUUGAAAUGCUAACGGACCUGAGAAAGAUGCGAUAUAAAUUAAGUUCAUGAAUUUUUACGUUUCAUGAAGCACUUUUGCUCCUGGCUGUUUUGGACUGACAUUUUUAUCCCAAAUUUCUGUUGAUUUCCCAGCUUUUCUUAUCUCUUACCCUUACUGUUUCUGUGAUUUCCUGCUUUUGUUGAUGGGUGUAUGUGUGUUUAUUUUUCUCUCUGUCUCUCUCUCUCUCUCUCUCUCUCUCUCUCUCUCAAGCAGGAGCAAUCCUCAGGUUGAAAGGUAUUUAAUGCAAGUUCUGGUCUCCGCAUUGUGCUCACAGAACCAUAUCCUCUCUCCCAGUCUAUACUCAUACAUUAUAGUGACCUCCAUGUUCUAGUUGAUUUUUUUCCCCCCUUUUCAUGUUUCAGUUGGCUGCUGUAAAUUCCACUGUAUAGGUGGUUUAUUAUUUUUGGUAGUAUGUGUGUUUUUUAGGGCGAAAAAACUUAACUUGAACCUCUUAGCCAUGUGUUGUAUCAGUAAACGAUGAGUUUUACAAAUGGUUCAAGGAAAGUUUUUGUCUUUUGUCACCGGCUUUUGUCUGUCAAUGGUUUCAGUCAUCGUUUUGAGCAUCUCCUUAGUGCAGACUUUAAACUGAGCCUUAUGGAUACAUUACGGCACCUUAAUCCAUAAUUCAGAGUAUAUGAGGCUCUACUUUUGAUCAAACAAAAGUCUCAUAGACUAAUAACAUUCAUGUCUUUAAUGAAACUGUAACACAGGUGUAUUGCUUAUAUUUAUAUUAAUAUUUUAGUCAACUAUGUUCAUUUUGAGCAUUUUGCAUUAAUUAAGCCUCCAUUUUCCUGCUGAAGGUCAGUCUCGAUUGGUUCUAUUGGUGUGUGUUUCCU